AUGAAGCUCUUCUUGAAACGGCAUUACACCUCUCUCACUAACACUCGACGCCCACCAUCCAUACCAUCGCAAAUUAUUCAGUUGUGUAGAUGUGGCUUAGUUUUUGAUGCCAUUGGACUCCUCAAUUCCAUGAACACCACCUCCCAACAAUCCCAAAAUAUUAUCACCUCAAAGCCAAUCCUAUACGCUACCAUUAUUCAAGCAUGCACCAAAGCGUAUUCAUUUACCCUCGGCCUCCAGCUUCACUGCUAUAUGCUCAAAUCUGGCCUAGAAACUGACCGUUUUGUGGGUAAUAGCCUUCUUUCCCUUUACUUCAAACUGUGCCCCGACUUUUCCAACACUAGAAAAUUUUUUGAUGGGUUGUAUUAUAAGGAUGUAGUGUCUUGGACCUCGAUUAUCUCGGGAUACAUUCGCGUGGGAAAACCCAGAGAUUCGAUUGGGCUGUAUUUGGAUAUGCUUGACUUUGGCAUUGAGCCGAAUGCGUUCACUUUAUCUGCCGUGAUCAGGGCGUCUGCGGAGCUAAGGGAGUUGCACAUGGGGAGGUGUUUACAUGCUGUGGUAAUUAAAUUUGGUUUUGGAUUUAACAAUGUGAUUAUCAGCGCCUUGAUCGAUAUGUAUGGGAGGAAUCACGAGCCAGGUGCUUCGCUUAAGGUGUUCGAUGAAAUGCUCGAACCAGAUUUUAUUUGUUGGACUUCAGUGAUUUCUGCACUCACGAGGAGUGAUUUAUAUGCUGAGGCUUUGCAAUUGUUCUAUUCUAUGCAUAAGCAUAAUGGGUUUUCGCCAGAUGGGUAUACAUUUGGUAGUGUUUUGACUGCUUCGGGAAAUUUAGGUAGGUUAAAGCAAGGUAAAGAACUUCAUUCUAAGUUGUCGGGCUAUCCUUAUGUACAUAAUGAGUCUGUUUCGACUGCCUCUUUCGUUAUGACAGGACAGUCAAGCAAUAAUCCGACAGUUCUCGUAGGGUGA